CGACUCGUAACAUUAACGUAACAAACAACCCGUCCCAUCUCCCUCCACCCCAAUGCCACCCCCCACUCCCACCAUCCUACGCAACUCCACAACGGCCAACAAAACAACCUCCAUACCCAACAAUGCGACACGUUCGAACCCCGCCUCUACGGCCCUCCCUCUCUCCAAUCCUCGAACAUGACGACCCCCACAACCGCAUCCCACUCAUGUCUGGCGGAGCCAAACGCUCCUACUUUACUAUUCCGGUGCCGAUGCAACCUCCUCCUCCACCGCCAAUACUGCCGCUGUCGGGGUCAUUAUCACUGCCGUUUUCGAAUGAAAUUACUCCGGCCUCGACGGCGACCGCUACGCCUAGCCAGGAAUUGGAUGAGGAGAUGGCGGGAUUGGGAGUGAUGGCGGCGGAGACGAGGAGGUUUAGGUGGAGGGGUGGGACGCAUGCGAUUGCUAGUGCGGGGAGGAUGAGGAGGGAGGGAUUGGUGGUGUGGCUUUGUGUUUGGGUGCUGGUGGGGCUUGUGAGGGUUUGGGUUGGGGAAGUGCUGUGGUGGAGGAGGAGGCAUGGAUGAUGGGGCGAGAUAGAACUGAUGAUGAGGGAGAGAUGAUGGGGGAUUAUUUGUUGGUUUGAGUUUAUUAUACCACGGGAUGGGAUUCGGUAUGAGUAUGGCGUUAUGGGUUUGUUUCUGGAGUAUCGGGCGGUUAUGGAGUCUUUUACAUUAUCUUUGGGCAUUUUCCUUUCAUAUCGUUCAGUCAUCGUCGUCUUCACUUUCUCUUUUAUCAAUCAUCGCUCAUUGCUUUCGGAGCAUGUUCAUCCUACUUCCUUUAAUCUUUCUGACAGCUUUGCAAUUGGACUUGCAGCAGGAG